AUGAGCACAAACUCAAAGUUUCAGAGGACUUUGGACGACCUGAAGAAGCUGAAGGCUAGACAGAAUGAUAGACAUCCAAAUCCAGACCCAGACCCUCAGGACCUUAACCUAUCCGCCGAGAACGAAUGUGACUGCACCCCGGACACCGAAAGGGACCCCGUGGAGGUCAACUUCGUCGAGAACGUCACGCUGGACCAACCGCGCAUCAUGUUCGGCAUCGUUGGCGUGCAGAACUGGCAGCGCGCUACCGGCGUCAAGGCCAAUGUGCGCGGGAACCAAUUCGGGAAUGAGAUGAAGUUUUUCGCGGGCAUUGCGGAUGCGAGUGUUGCGCAGGCGGUGUUUACUUAG